AUGCGGUUUGCAUCUGCAAAUGUGGAGAAAACUAUUUUUACUGCCCCCCCUGCGAGUUUAACUCGAUGGCCUUCGUCGAUGUCAGACAUUCAAAGCGUGGAUUUAAAGAAUUUGGACAUUCUCUCCCCUUCUAUAUCAUCAAUUCGGAAACGCCUUGAAGCUGCGUUUCCAUCCGAACAAACUCCCCUCGGUAUUCAAUCCUGGUUCUUUCUGGCCGAUUUAAACCCCGGCCAGCGAUAUGAACUUCGAAUAUGCUGGAUUGCAACUCAACCCACUUCAUUCAACCUCAAAACAUACACUAUUUCUAGCGUUGUCAAAUCUCACACUUUAUCAGCAUCUCUUAAAGCCUAUGUAGCGGUUGAACGUCGUCAUGCCGGGGCCCAAUCCGCCUCCCAGGUAGCAAGCGAUAAAUCCUCGUUGCUACUUGCCGUGGACGUCUCAGCGGAUUACUUUACAUUGAACCAGACACUCAUGGACCAUGUUCCUCCUGUCGUUGCAGACAUCAUCCUUGAUCCCUACGUCUUUAAUGUAUUUCCGAAGUCUCUCAUACCGAUUGGUAUCUAUAUAUUACUCACAUCGGCAAUUGCUUGGUACUUAUCCUGUUUUGUCCACUCUCGCGUCAUGGGAAUUAUUGACAAUGGUACUACAAAGAUGCGGAAGAAACAUGAUUGA